AAGGACAAGAAGCCUAAGAGCUAAAUCACGCUAUCAGUUAAUAAUUGGAUUUCAGCCACAUUAAACGUGUUUUUGUUCGAACAAAGAAUAUUUUUGAAUAUAAAGUGUGAUUUAAACGAAAAAAAAUUAAUUUUUUGAGAAUCUUUCCAUUUUUAUUUCUUUCAAUAAAUAUUAUUAAUCUUUGUUUUUUAAAAUUGUAAUUUAACAAAAUAAAAAAUGAAUUCAUUUUCUCAGAGUGAUGAAACACGAUCAUUGUUAAAAAAUAGAAAUUUCAGUAUUAAGUGGAAUAAUAAAGUGCUCAAGUGGAUAUUCUAUAAAGUUUUGUUUGUCUUAUUGUUACUAGGUGCUAUAUAUCUUGUACACGUUCUUACUAAGAAUAAAAUUCAGCUAGAAUCCAAUGCAAUUCCAAAAACGAAAAAUUCACUGCACAUCACGAGUAUUGCAACCACAAAUGAUGAUUUUUUAAAGAAAUGUGCUCCUAUAGUGAAAUGUGAUCCAAAUGCCAAGUAUAGAAGUGCAAAUGGAUCUUGUAAUAAUUUGGAGAUUCCCACGUGGGGUGCUGCAAAAACUCCAAUGCUUCGUAUGAUUGAUCCUAAUUACAAUGAUGGUAAUUACGAAUUACGAUUGCAAACAAAUGGAAAAGCAUUACCCAGUGCAAGAGUUAUAAAUGUAAAUGUUUUUCUAAAUCAUGAAAUAUACCGUGCUGAUGAAAAUAAUGUACUUUUAUUGCCAUUUUCACAAUUAUUAGCCCAUGACGUAUCUGGUAUGCCCAAUAAUGUUAUCUCAGAAAAGAAUGGUGCAGAAGUUGACUGUUGCUUAAUUAAAAAUAAAAUAAAAGAAUAUCCACAAUGUCAAUUGGCUAUCGAAUAUCCACCAGACGAUCCUGUUUUUAGUGUACAUAAUAAAACUUGUUUGACAUUAUUCCGAGCAUUGACAUCGAAGCAUUAUUAUGACUUUCCACUACACCCCACAACGUUUAUCAAUGCCAAUUCGCAUUACAUAGACGCGUCUGAAGUAUAUGGAUCCAACGAAAGUUAUGCACUACGCCUUAGAACUAUGGAUGGUGGAAAACUUAAUUUCUCUAUUGGUGAUAAUGGUCAAAUGUUCUGUCCAUUUUUAAGCAAUCCACACAAGAAAUCAUCAAUUGGAAAUCAAAAUAUCAAUAUUGAAUUUGAUACAGGAGAUCCAAACAACGGGAAUCAAAAUUUAGGAAUAACUGCAAUGCAAACCUUAUUUUUAAGGUUUCACAAUUAUAUUGCUUCAAAGUUCUCGUCUUUAAAUCCAUUUUGGUCCGAUGAAAUCGUUUAUCAGGAAGCACGAAGAAUUGUCAUUGCGACUAUUCAACGUAUUACAUAUGAAGAUUUCUUACCUAUAAUUAUUGGAGAAGAUUUUCAAGAAAUGUAUGGAUUAAAUAAACCAAAUAUCUAUGAUCCUAGUGUAAAUCCUUCAACGUCUCAGGAGUUUUCAUCUGCUGCUUAUCGAAUCUUACAUGCAGUUAUACCAGUUCAAUUUAAUUUUAUGAACAAAAACUACAAAAUAGAAAACUCGGCAAAAAUUACUGAUUGGAUGUUAAAUGCAGACCUAAUACCCCUUGAUAAUAACUUUGAUAAAUUGUUAAAAGGGUUUAUAGAAACUCCAGGAAGAAUGGUUCAACCUUCUUAUAAUUUUUACAUAUCCAACUUCUUGUUUCCUAGAAUAGACAAUUAUUCAAUAAAAGGACAAGAUGUACUCGGUUUACUUGAUAAUCCUAAGUACAAUAGUCGUGAUCUUCUUGCAAUUGAUAUCUCAAGGGGCCGCGAUGUGGGCCUACAGCCAUACAAUCGAGUUAGACAUUUUUGUGGAUAUCCAUUGGCUAAAGAUUUUGAAGAUUUGGCGGAUCUUUUACACACAAAAGAUAUAGCAAAAUUAAAAGAACUCUAUAACUCAGUGAAUGACAUUGAUUUAAUGGUAGGUCUUUUAUUAGAAAAACACAGUGAUGGUGCAAUUGUGGGUCCAACAGCGAGGUGUUUAAUUGCCGACGGUUUUUAUCGAUACAAAGUUGGUGAUCGAUUUUUCUACGAUGUACAAGGGCAGCCCGGUAGCUUCACAGAAGAUCAAUUGAAAGUGAUAAAGAAAAUUACUCUUGGUCAUGUUAUAUGUGCAAAUUCAAACGUAGACCUUGUUCAAAAUGAUAUGUUUAAGACAAUCGAUCAUAAUUUAUUCCCUACUCUCAAACGAAAAUGUGACAAGGACUUCUAUUUGGACUUUAAAAACUGGCAUGAAUCAAAUGGUCGACCAGAGUUAUGAAUUAAUUGAUUUAGGAUAAAUAUUUGUUGUUUUUAAAAAUAUAUAUUUUAUUAGAUGUUUAAACAUUAAUAUAUGGUAACAUUUUUUUCAAA